AUGUCUUCGGAGCACGUCGACUUUGUAAAGACAACGCCCUCGUCGUCCGACCUGCACGACCCCAAAGAUAUCGUCCAACUCGAGAGUGGCGAUUCCGUCUCUGCAGAAGUACGCCACCAAGAGAAGGGAAUCAUGCGCAAGGUCGACCGGCGCCUUUUGCCUCUGUGCGGCGCAUUGUACGCAGUGUCUCUGGUCGACCGUCUCAACCUCCCCAACGCCCGGCUCGCCGGCAUGGACGAAGCACUGGGCAUGUCGAUUGGGAAUCGCUACUCGGUCGUCACCAUGGUCUUCUUCAUCGGGUACAUAGUCUUUGACUUUCCCGCGGGGUUCGUCAUGAGAAAGACCGGUGCGGCGACCUUUUUGGGGGUCAUCGGGUUUUGUUGGGGGAUUCUGACAAUCGCCAUGGGUUUCUGCAAGACUUGGGGUGCGCUCCUGGCUUGCCGUGUGAUUUUUGGUGCAUUGGAAGGUGGUCUGUUUCCCGGUAUUAUUUUUCUUCUUUCUUGCUGGUACAUCAGGCAUGAAGUGCAGGUCCGGUUCAGCAGCUUCUAUGGCGCCGGCAUGCUGGUGUCCGGCCUUUCCAAUCUCCUCGCCUACGGUCUCUCAAAGGCCGACGGGCUCGGCGGGCUCGGUGGAUGGUCCUGGAUUUUUAUUUUUGAAGGGAUAGCGACGUGCGUCAUUGCCGUCUUUGUGCUUGUGAUGCUCUUGGACUUUCCGGACAAAGGGGCACGCAAGAGAAUUCUCGGGUUGAAACCGUUCAUCACCCCCGACGAGGCCACCGUGAUCCUCAACCGUAUCGAGCGAGACAGGGGUGACUCGACGCCGGAAAAAUUCUCGUUGAUCGCGGUGCUCGGCCACAUGAAGGAUUGGAAGAUCUGGGAAUGUUUUGUCCUCUUGUUGUGCAAUAACACGGUCGCAUAUUCCUUUGCGUAUUUCCUCCCACUUAUUCUCCAUGGCGGAAUGGGGUUUUCAAUUUUGAAAACAUAUAUACUGAUCUUUCCUCCUUAUGUACUUGCUGCCAUUUGGAUGUUCGUCGCCGCGUACAUUGGGGACAGGUUUAUGAUUCGAGGCGCCAUCAUCGUAGUCAACGCCGUCUUCACCAUCGUGGGCGUCGUCAUGAUGGGAUACGCCGAUACGUCCGCUGUACGGUACGCGGGUGUGUUUCUGAGCCUGCCGCCGUACAACGCCAGUAUCCCGGCCAUUUUUAGUUAUCAGCACAACAACAUCGUCGGCCAGUCGAAGCGAGCCAUCGGAGCGGCGGUGAUGAUCGCCGGGGGUGGCAUCGGCGGCAUCAUUGCGAGCAACGCCUUUCAGCAAAAGGACGCACCUGGAUAUCGACCGGGUCUCAACACCGUCAUCGCCGUGCAGGCUCUCACGAUUGUGAUUGUCUGUAAGAACUUCUGGGUGUUUGGACGAGCGAACAGGCGCGCAGACAGAAGAGAAAUCGUCAUUGAAGGCAAAGAAGGCUUUAGGUAUACGUUGUAAAUAGUUGUGGUGACUUGUUGGGUGACUUUAAGUCGAUCAAAGCUACCUACCUCACGGUUUGUGCACAUUUGGCAGGGCCAUUGCCAUGGUAACCACAUGAUACACAUCUUUGAACCACAU